AUGGCCCUCAAGAGCCUCAUCUCAUCGCCCCUCGAGGCUGGCACCUCCAUUCUCGACGCACACCACCUGCCGUCGUCUUACAACUCCGUCUUCGAGUACACGUCCAAGCGACUCGCCAGGAAAGGCCUGCACGUUACCCUUGCUGUAGCACGCCAUGAACACAACCAGACUUGUGCCCAGCUCGUGGGUGACACCAUCACGGGUGACGGGCCAGAUUAUCUCCUGUCCACAAUGACUCCGCCCCAGACCCCCGAUGUCGUGCCCCGUACGCCGGGCUUCUCGACCUUCAGGUCGCUGGUUCGAUCAAAAACCCAGCACCACUCGUCCAGCACCGACGAGCCCGAGCUCAGGUUUCCGAAACGGUCCAACACGGUGGCCGCACCACCAAAGAAGCCCACGCUGGCAUCUCUACUUGAUAAUGGCCCGCUCAGCCCCAGACGGCUGCGGUGGCCCAUGGCAUCAUCAAGCGUGCCACCCACCCCCAGGACCCCAGCCACUCCCAGGACGCCUGCCACCCCUCGGACACCGGCCACUCCGGCCUCGACCACGACAGCCUCCUCGACGACGGGUACCACUUACUCAGUCGGGGCUUCUCCAGAGGCCCUGGGCCCCGACUUCCGCCUCAUCCACACGGCGGCCCUGACAACGCGGGCAGACAGAGUAGUGAGGACCACCCUGGACCGCGCCACUCGCAAGUUCCACCUCAGCAUCCCGCUCGUGGCCCACGACCCAUCCGCCCACGCCAUCCCCCCCGACGUCAUCCACCGCUCCAUCCUCCAGAACGAGCUGCUCUUCUCCUCCGAAGGCCUGACCGUCCUGUCGCUGGACCACCUGUACACCUUCAAGAGCGCCCUGGCACAAUAUGCCGCCUCGAUGCGCGACCCUGGCAGCGACUUCCGGCUGGAAAACGCCGUGGACGAGCUGCGCCGGUACGUGCUGUCGUCCUCGGGCGGGCGAAGGCGCCUGGUCAAGAGCGCCCUGCUCAGGUCCUACGAGUGGCUGGGCCCGGUCAGCGAUGCGGCUCUGAGUGCUGUCAUGAACAUGUAUUGUCGGGCGUAUGGUGGCUCCACCCACGAGACCGGCAUCGAGGACGACCUUGUCCGGGAUAUCCCGCCCACGCCACCACCAAAGGACGAUAUCGUGCUUGCAACGGCUGUCACUACCUCUGCUGCUCCUGCUGCUCCACGUCUCUCAGCUUUGGGUCAGGACACCUACCCGGUAAACUGGCCACUCGCACCUCGACCUGCAUCACCCGUAACUGGCGAGGGCAUGGUUGAUAUGCCUGAGACCCCAGUGGUGGAACAGGGCACGAAAGUAUCACUUGACAACUUGAAGGCCGGGAAUGCCGGCUCAGAAAACGACACCGAUAAAACUCCCACAAAACCCACCGAAAAGGUGGUGGUGCAGGACACCCCAACAGCAAACACCGAAAACACGCCCGCAGAGAUCGUGCUCCAACGUCCCAUCGCACGCUCUCCGCUGAGGACCACCCCGAAGGCAGCACUCCCCACUCUCAAGCUGCAGACAUCGUUCCCCUCGCUACCACCUCGGCGGAAGGUGACACCUAUGCCCGGCGCGUCCAAGAAGGUGCGCUCAGCUGGGACAGCACCACCCCCAUCGAGCGGCACCGCAGGGGCGAACGGCGACAUCAGGAUCGAGCUCACAGCCGACGGCGAGGACGGCGACGGCGACGUCACAGACUUCGAAGACGGCGACGUGACCGCCCGCCCGCCCCCGACGGCCACGAGCGCGACCUUCUGGGUCGGAGCGUCCAUCGACGAGAUGCUCAGCAGCCGGCGGCAGCAGCUGCUCCGGCUGAGCACCGAUAUGGCCGCCUCCCCCUCCUCUCCCUGGGGCCGCCGGCACCACCGGCGGAGCUUGUCCUGGGGCAAUUCGCCGGUCCAGCAGCGCAUGGGGCCCGUGACGCCCAACGGCGCCGACGACCUGAGCCCCAUCACGAGGGGGGAGUGGGGGUUCCUCAUGGUCAGCGACCCGUUCCGGACGAAGACCGCGGCUGUGGAGACUUGUUAG